UGGCCCCCGAGCAUGCCCAGCUCCGGCUGCGGCUCCGGCUCCCGCUCCGGCUCGGGCUCGGGCUGGGGGUGGCCGGGAAGAUGCUGCGCCCGUAGGCAGCGGGGGGGGGACCGGCCGCUGCCCGCCCCGCACGCCACAAUGAAAGGCGGAACACCUUCCUGCACCCAGUGACGGGCCAGCUCCCCGAGGACACCUCAAGGCUCGACUUGCCCAAACAGAGCUCGGACAUGUCCAGCAAGGCGAGCAGCAAGCGGCCGGCCACCGUCCCCAGCGAGCCCCCCAACCACGCCAUGGUGGCCGAGGUGCCCCCGGAGCGCCCUGGAGGCCGGGCUCCGCGCUCCUCCCGCAAGGGCAUCGCCUUCGGCAAGCGCUCCAACUCCAUGAAGAGGAACCCCAACGCCGCCGUCACCAAGAGCGGCUGGCUCUACAAGCAGGCCAGCUCGGGGGUGAAGCAGUGGAACAAGCGCUGGUUCGUGCUGGUGGAUCGCUGCCUCUUCUACUACAAAGACGAGAAGGAGGAGAACAUCCUGGGCAGCAUUCCCCUGCUCAGCUUCCGCGUGGCCGCCGUGCAGCCCUCGGACAACAUCAGCAGGAAGCACACGUUCAAGGUGACGCUGUGCUGGCUGGAGGAGCUGCCGGCGGGUAACGGGCACUCCCUGUCUCCCCAGGCCGAGCACGCCGGCAUCCGCACCUACUUCUUCAGCGCCGAGAACACGGAGGAGCAGGAGGCCUGGAUCCGCGCCAUGGGCGAGGCCGCCCGCGUGCAGAUCCCCCCGGCGCAGAGGCACUCAGAGAAGCCGGACUCAGAGAACAUCCCCCCCAGCAAACCCCACCACCACCACCACCCCCACUGCAACGCCGGCCACCGCGAGCCCGCCAAGGCCGAGCCCGACGCCAAGGCGCGCGGGGAGGGCGACGGCCGCGGCUCCGAGAAGAUGGAGCGGAAACCAUCGGAGCGGCCGGACGGCAAGAAGGAUCCUCUGGCCAAAACCAACGGGCUGGAGGCGCCCUCAGAGCCGGGCAGUCCCUACCCCGAGGGGCCGCGGGGGCCGGCGAGCGCCGAGCGGCCGGCACAGCCCAACGGGUGGCCGUACCCCUCGCCCAGCCGGCCCGGCAGCACCGCCUUCCCCCCGGCGGGGGAUGGGGACAGCGGGGUCCCCCAGCGCCGGGGGGUCACCCCCAGGUCCCAUCCUGAGAAGGUGGCCCAGAGGAAGAGCUCCAUGACGCAGCUGCAGCAGUGGGUGAACUCGCGGCGCGCCACCGCGCCCCACGAGGAGCUGCGCAGCCCCACCAGGUUUUACCCCGUCUCCCGCCGCGUGCCCGACUACUACUCGCCCUACUCGCCGCAGUACCCCGAGGAGUACCAGUACUACCCGCCGGGCGUGCGCCCCGACAGCAUCUGCUCCAUGCCCGCCUUCGAGCGCGUCAGCCCGCCAUGGGCGCUGGAGGACAAACGCCACUCCUUCCGCAACGGGGGUCCCUUCCACCCCGCCUUCGGCCGCCAGGACGUGCCGCUGUGGCUGCCGGCGCCCUCCAGGCCGCCCAGCUACCUGGAUGAGGUGGACGCGGCGUCGGGCUCGCUGCGGAGGAUGUCGCUGCAGCCGCGCUCGCGCUCGGUGCCGCGCUCGCCCAGCCAGGGCUCCUAUGGCCAGACCAGGGUUUACUCGCCCGUGCGCUCGCCCAGCGCCCGCUUCGAGCGGCUGCCGCCCCGCGGGGAGGAGAUUUACGCCGACCCCGCCACCUUCGUGAUGCGCAGAUCUAUCAGCUCGCCCAAGUACGAUUUCCUGGGUGACAGGCGGCCCGUCCCGGCCGGGGUGUACCCGUACCCCUUCCCAGCGUCCCCCACCAUCCACGACAAGAUGGAUGAACUUUUAGACCUUCAGUUGCAAAGAAACCUAGAAUAUUUGGACCAGCAGAUGAGCGAGAGCGAGACCCUCAUCACUAUGGUGAACAGGAUGGUGGAGACCUCCCCCCCUAGGGCCCAGCUCUACAUGCAAGUGACGCCGUUCCCGGAGCCCUACAGGGACAGCCUGCACCCCUACAAGAUCAGCGAGCAGGACACCGAUAAGCUGCUGGGGAAGCUCUGCGAGCAGAACAAGGUGCUGAGGGAGCAGGAGAGGCUGGUGCAGCAACUCCGGGCUGAGAAGGAGAGCCUGGAGAGUGCCCUGAUGGGGACACACCAGGAGCUGGAGAUGUUUGGGAGCCAGCCUGCCUACCCUGAGAAGCUGCUGCACAAGAAGGAAUCGCUCCAGAACCAGCUCAUCAACAUCCGGGUGGAGCUGUCCCAGGCCAGCACGGCCCUGGCAAACAGCACAGCUGAGUAUGAGAGCCUGGAGAGCGAGGUGUCCACCCUGCACGAUGACCUCUGGGAGCAGCUGAACCUGGACAUCCAGAACGAGAUGCUCAACAGGCAGAUCCAGAAGGAGAUCUGGCGCAUCCAGGACGUGAUGGAGGGGCUGAGGAAGAACAACCCCUCCCGUGGCACCGACACCGCCAAGCACAGAGUGGCCCUGGGCACGUACAGCUCCAACAGCCCUGCCAGCCCCCUGAGCUCUGCCAGCCUCACCAGCCCCCUGAGCCCCUUCUCCCUCAUCUCUGGCUCCCAGGGAUCACCCACCAAGCCAGGCCCCAGCGAGGAACCAGGUCCGCCUCGACCUCCCCUCCCCAAGUCCUACGUUCCCCUGGAGUCUCCUCCGGCCGUUCCUCCGCUCCCCAGCGAGAGCCGCCUCUGGCCCUACCCCGCGUCCCCUUCCUGGCACCAAGGCGGCGGAGAGGCCAAGCGGGGACAGCCCAAACCAGGCUUGGAGCAGAGCAAGAAGGAGCCCCCCCGGCCCAGCCCCCCCGGCCCCACACCCGAGGGGCUCCCGCAGAACCGGCCAGAGCAGGACGGGGACAAACAGGCGGCUCUCAACAAGGUGGGAAUCGUGCCCCCCAGGACCAAGUCUCCAGCGGAGGAGGAGGCGGUGCCCAGGAGGAACGGCCUGGCCAACGGGCUCAGCUCCCGGGAGAGACCCAAGAGCGCCGUGUUUGCCACCGAGACCAAGGUGAAGAUGAGCGUGGAGGAGCAGAUCGACCGCAUGAAGCGGCACCAGAGCGGCUCCAUGAAGGAGAAGCGGCGCAGCCUGCAGCUCCCCAGCCCCCAGCAGCUGCCUGGCCCCCAGCCCGACACCAAAACCCCCUCCUCCUACAAGGUGGUGCGGCGGCACCGCAGCAUCCACGAGGUGGACAUCUCGGACCUGGAGGCCGCGCUGCGCUCCGACGAGCCCGGCAAGGUGUACGAGACCCCGCAGGAGGAGAUCGCCCGGCUGCGCAAGAUGGAGCUGGAGCCGCAGCACUACGACGUGGACAUCAACAAGGAGCUGUCCACGCCGGACAAAGUGCUGAUCCCUGAGCGCUACGUGGAGCUGGAGCCGGAAUCGCCCCUCAGCCCCGAGGAGAUGAAGGAGAAGCAGAAGAAGGUGGAAAGGAUCAAGACCCUCAUCGCUAAAUCCAGCCUGCAGAAUGUCAUCCCCCUGGGUGAGGGGGAGGUGGACACCCCCCAGGACCCCGAGAUGCAGCUGCAGGAGCAGGAGAAGAGGAUCGAGAUCUCAUGUGCCCUGGCAGCUGAGGCCUCGCGCCGCGGCCGGAUGCUCUCGGCUCAGUGCGCUACCCCCAGCCCUCCCACCUCCCCAGCCUCCCCGACUCCACCGACCAACCCCCUCUCGUCCGAGCCGCCCCGGGCCGCCGACAGCAGCCACCUCAUGCGGGUGUGAGCCUGUGACCUCAAGCCCUGGCUGCUGCCGGCGCCGUCAAGUUCCACGGGGCCACGUUUUAGUCCCCUCCUGAGGUGACACCGAACCUCUCGCCACCGUCCUCGGCUCUCCCGGACCCCCCUCCCUCCCUCCGGCGGCGACACCACCGGGAGAUGUGGCACCGUCCCAAGGAGACGGCUGGGGGAUGUCCCCAAGCAGCCCCCGGGGCUGCCACCGGCCACAGGGACACACCCGGACAGCUGUGACAGCGGCCAUCGGGCCAGCAGCGAGCACAGGGACCCCAAGGUGUCCUCUUGGGGUGGGGACCCCACCACGGAUGGUGCUGCCACCUUCCAGCGCUCCUGGAUGCUCCUCCUCGGCUCCUCGGGCGCUGCUUCCCUUCCCUGAGCUCUGAUCCUCAUUUUGGGACCCAUCUGUGUCACCGCCGGUGGCUCAGCCAGAGGAGGAAGGGGACAGGACAGAUGGGGGUGACACUGAGGGGACACGGAGGUGUCUCCAAGGGGACAUGGAGGUGCCCAGGGCGCUCCAGGGGGACACAGAGGUGUCCACAGAGCUCUCCAGAAGGACACAGAGGUGUCCCCAGGGAGCUCCAGAAGGACA